AUGCAUGUGUACAUACAGCCAGCGGUGCCUUGGCUAGGCGAACACAUCAAGUCAUUCAUCCGAGAGCACGUGCCGGGUGCCGUCUUCAUCGAUGACUUUGACGACUUCCCGUCAGAUGCAUCCACUGUCUUUCAGUACUGUGACGGAUGGGCCUUGAACCGCAACUUUGCCCUCCUGAACACGGCACAGUCGGCACUCAUAAAUGCGUACCCCAGCAGCGAUGCCCUGGCUCGGAAGGAUUACCUCUCCAAAGUGAUCGAGUUCUGGGCAGCAAAGAGACCAGACAGUAUUCUGAGGACCAAUGUCCCGCUCACGGUGCGCCUGUCUCUCGACUACGCCGAGUACGUCGACGAGGCCCUCACUGCCGCGGACGAUCUCACGCUGCUGUCCUCGCUCGAGGAGAACGAGCUCAAGACCGCCAAGGAGCGUGCGUGGUGGAUCCUGAAGCCAGCGUUGGUGGACUGCGGCGCCGGAAUUCGACUCUUCAGCACCAUGGAUGAGCUCGCAAGCUGUCUCGAGCUUGCCGAGUAUGAGCUUGACGAAGAUGAGGAGAGCGACCUCAGCGAGCAGGCUGUCGAAGUCAACGGCAAACCAGCCAACGAUGCGGAGGACGGAAAUCCCAAUGGUUUCUCACCGACUCUCAACAUUCCUGGUCUGAACUCGUUGGAUGCCCUCGUCACCACCACGGGGGCUUUGUCACUCGAAGGGCCCAAGAAUGGCAUCCAGAGAACCCCCAAACCGCAAUAUGUCUUCAAGGAAGGGGGGAGAAUCCCCUCAGCCCAGAUCCGUGAGUUUGUGGCUCAGCAAUAUAUCAUUUCCAUCCCGCCGAUGGAGAAGAGAAAGUGGCACGCUCGAGCUUAUGUUCUCGCCAUGGGCCGUCUCGAGGUCUACGUCUUCAAGGAAAUGCUUGCUCUGUUGGCUGGGGAGGACUACGAGCCGCCUUGGCUAAACCCCAGCCUCAAGGCCUCCCUGACAAACACUGCGCUCCAGGACGAGGAUGUCUUCGUGAACAAGGAGUCGAUGAGAGACUUCUGGGCAGCCCCGGAUGACUUUCUCCCCGGAGAUUGGAAGUCCAGCGUCUUCGAUCAAGUCUGCAGCAUCUCGGGCGAACUCUUCCGAGCAGCUGCCCAUACCAUGGCUGACAAGUUCACCACGGUAAACAAGUGCUUCGAGCUGUUCGCCGUGGACUUUCUCGUCGACACGAACGGGACGGCAUGGCUUCUGGAAGUGAACGAGACGCCCGCUUUCUACGACGUUGGGAUCGCGGGUCCGCUGGCUCUGCGCCUCAUGGAGUCUGUUAUCUGUCUAUCUAUGGAACACAUGGGUCAGAUUCAGCCCGGUGCCGAGAAGAACGAACUUGUGAAAAGGCGGAUGGUUCAGGUCCUAGAUGAGAGGGAUAAACUAGCCAAGAGCAACAUCACGGAGAUUCUUCCUGAGGAUUAG